AUGGAAUCUCAGGCCCAGACACUGAGAACCUGCAGUUUGUGUGCCAACCCUCUAGUGCUCCGCUGUAACACAUGCUGUGUAGGACUGUGCAGCUCCUGCGUGGAAAAGCAUGUAUCCUCCAACAGAGGACACAACCAUGAUGUGUCCAUGUAUGGUGACAGCCCAAUCUUCAAUCAGGCCAGGGUUCUGGUUAAUAUAAAAAGUCCCCUAAAACACAUCAAAAGAGUCAGCUUCCUAAGAGGGAAUGAGGUUUGGAUCAGUGGAAAAGAUAAAGGGAUAAGAAGAGUUGAUAUAAACGGAUCUGAGAUUGGUGCCGUAAAUACUGUAUCAGGAAUAUUUCCACACGAUAUUGCUGUCUCCUCAUCUGGAAACCUCCUGUACUCUGAUUUCAGGACCUGUGCUGUCAUGGAAGUAAAAGAGGGAGUUAUUUCCUCAUUGAUAAAAUACCAGGAUUGGACACCCCAGGGCCUGUGUAUCACAGCUGCUGGAGAACUCCUGGUUAGCUUGAUGAAGCCAAAUUUUUCAGAGAGCAAAGUAAAUAGAUAUGCGGGAACUAAGACGAUUCAAGAGAUUCAGGUUGACGAGAAGAGGAAACCAAUAUUUGGAACUGGAAAUUUUCUCUUAUAUCUCACUGAAAACAGAAACAAAGAUAUCUGCAUUGCAGACUGCAAUACCAAUCAAGUUGUUGUCCUGAACGUUUAUGGAAAAGUCCGUUUUCGAUAUAAUGGCUUAAUAGCUUCUAAAUCUGUAACAAAAUUUGUUCCCCGUUGCAUUGGAACUGACAGCAAAAGUCAAAUUUUGGUUGCUGACCGUGAAAAUCAUGUGGUCCACAUCAUAAGCAGAGAUGGUCAGUUUGUGUCCCUGAUAGACAGCUGCAGUCUGGACCAUCCAUGUGGCCUGGCAGUGGACGAUAAGGACAGGCUCUGGAUUGGAGAGUUUGACUCUGGGAGGUUAAAAGUCAUCAGCUAUUGA